AUGACGCCUGCCGCCUCCGGCUGGAUUCGUGCGCACCCCCGGCCGUCGGACACGGCGAGCGACGUAUCGGCCACGCCAGGGGCCAGCACGUCGCGGCGCAUGACGCCGGAUGCACGCGCCCACGCAACGCCCUCGCUGCCGAUGCGCGCGGGCCUCGCCUCGCCAUCGGUCGAUCGCCGCACACCGACGCCGCGCCGUGCUUCGAGCGGGUCCGGGACAGAGACGCCCGCGUUCACCUGGCAGCAAGGCUGGGAGCACAAUCGCGUGCGGUACCGUGAGCUGGCCAACAUGUCGUCGCCCUCGGCGAAAGGUACUGCGGGUGCACCGCGCACCGACGAUGGUGCGUACGCCCCUGCCCCGCGCAUGCACACGCUGCCCCCCAGCAGCGAAAAACCUACAGCCGAUAUGCAAACGACGCCAUUGUCAAAACCUCCCCGCGAAACCUACACGGCGCCACGCAGCCAGAGUGCGCCUGGGGCAAAAAAGACGCCGCCCCUUCCCCGCAGGACCGUGCAUACGUCUGUGGACGACAAUGGAGACUAUUGCGCCCCUCCUAUGGACUCUCCGCAGUGUGCCGCACGGCUCUUCCGAAAGCGGGAUCCGUUUGCGGACGUCGAGCAUGUGUGGCGAAAUGCCAUCGAUACCCCCCCCACAAAGAGAAAGAAAGGUGAGCAGAGUACGCUCGAUGCAUUUGUGCAGCAAACAGCGCGUCCCGACCCCCCCAGCUCGCCGCUGUGCUCCGCGCAGCCAGACGCGACGCCGCCGUCGAGCGUGCCCGGGGAGUCGAGUGACGACAUGCCGUCGCCCGCCGCCCACUGGAUCCGCACGCUCGGCUCGUCGCCUAGCCACUGGUACGACUAG